AUGACUUGUUGCUUUCCGGAAUUAAAUCCAUCAAUAUCAGAUCUUUCACCAACUACAACAGAUUUACAAUUGAUAAAUGACUUGAAAGAAUAUAAUUCUGGAAGAAAUGGAGGUUUAAACACUGAUAAAACUCGUAAAAAACCUCUAUCUUUGGUUGAUAAAGUUUAUGUUGCUAUAUAUGAUUAUGAUGCACGUACAGAUGAAGAUCUUACAUUUUGGGUUGGAGAUUUGUUAACUGUUCUUGAUGAUAGAUGGUUUCAUGGACAUGUACUGCGAAAAGAAGCUGAACAUCUUUUAUUAAAUCGAGUAAAUUCACGUGGAACAUUUCUUGUUCAAUAUUCCGAAUAUACUUCUAAUUUAUUUUAUAUUUAUAUUUGA